AUGAUCGGUGGGACCAUGCACCAUCGUACUGCUGAAAAAAAUAUAAUAUGUGGACGGCCGCUACGGAGGCCUGGAACGAGCAUCGCACGGAGCGAUGGUCUACGACUUGGGGCAACGCAGCAACUUCGACAGAGGUCCUCCGGCCAUGCUCAGGAUAUCCAAGGUCAAGAAGGAGGACCAAGGAGUGUUCAGGUGCAGGGUCGACUUCCUCAACUCUCCUACCAGAAAUUACAGGCUCCUUCCGCCGAACCGAAGAUAUACAACCCGGAUGACAACGUGGAACUAAAAGAUAUCGCGGGACCUUACAGGAUCAGCCAAGACAUCCGGCUAGUCUGCAUAGUUUCUGGAGGAAAUCCUACGCCCAACGUGAGCUGGUGGCUGGACAAGAAGAUGCUUGAGAGCAGUUCAGAGCUGAAGAUCAGCGGCAACCAAGUCUCUCGCCUGCACCUCGGUGGCGCCAACAAGCACCUCCAUGGACGAAAGCUCAGCUGCCAGGCCAAGAGUGCCGAUCAUCCUGAGCUGCAAAAGAGGGCUAGAGUUGAGCCUUGUGGGAGUACAACAGUUGAAGAAAUUUACUCAUCCUCCUUACUUGCUUUUAGUGCCUCUACACUUUGUUUCAUCUCCUGCAAACUGCUUCCACAGCCCUGUCCCAACAAACCGUCUUAA